AUGAGUGGCCACCUCGUUCCGUGUCUCAUGUCAACUCUCGGAUGCGUUUCUUCUUUCGCCGCUGCCUGCAUCGGCUUCUACAAUGUUAAUUUCGUCUUGAGGUAUCUCAGAAACCUUGGUGUCUGAAAGUUGAACAUGUUUUGCAGCCAUCCGUAUUUCCGAAAGAAGUACGAGUAUCAGCUGUUCUUCUUCAGGUUUCUCGCAGAUUUCAACAUGACAGCAUUCUGUAAGAUGAGCACCAAACUGAAAGUGAUCAGGUUCUGAUUUCCAGCAGCUGUGUACUACUUCAUCCUGAUUGUUUCUGUGCACAACGGGGCCGACGAGUUGCUGGCCACCGUCGAGUACUGGUUCGGUCUGAUCGUCUCCAGCUCGGCCACCGUCCGCGUGGUCACCUCCUUCAUGAUAGCUGUGGAGCGGACUGUCGCAGUCUACUUCCCCGCUGCUUUCCUACACUAUCGAGCUCAAAUUCCGAAGCUCUUGCUCCCAGGAUUCGCGGCUUCCUUUGCAUUGAUCGAUAAUAUCAUACUUUACGGAAUCUGCGGCUACGUCUUCGUUCCAAACGUCUCCUGUAUCAUUUUUACGUGCCAAAUCAACGAGUGCUUCGGAAAAUACUAUUCCAUGAACAAAACGGUGAGACUACCCCGUCCGCCUGAAAUAAUUUCAACCAUUCCUGCCAGAUAUUGUACGGUAGCACAGGCACAGUUCUGAUUGCUUUGUGCACAAAACUGUUCAUAAUCAACAAGGUGGGGUCUAUGCAUCAGGAGAAGUUGUCAAGAGUGAACAAAUUGGCUCUGAUUGAUGCAGUCAUUGUGCUCUUCUUUGACUUUUCGUCUUCUUUCAUAGCUGCGAGGAAGAUAUUCAAAUAUGAGGUCUUGUGGACACUCUAG